AUGGCUAACAGGCCGUUGCCCAUCAAGUUCACGGAGAUUCUCCAACUGAACUCCGUGGGCAUCCUGCAACAAUCGAUAGGAUUCAACUCGACAACAUUAGAAUCCGACCACUUCAUAUGUGUGCGCCAGAAGGCUGACGAGAAUGCCUCGCCUGAGGUCAUCAUCGUCAACCUCAAGAAUGGCAACAGCGUGAUGAAGCGGCCCAUCAAGGCCGACAGCGCUAUUAUGCACUGGAACCGCGAAAUCAUUGCUCUCAAAGCAGGCGGCAGAACCCUUCAGAUCUUCGACCUGGUGCAGAAGAGCAAGAUCAAGAGCACGGGGAUGGGAGAGGAUGUGGUGUUCUGGAAGUGGCUGAGCGAGAGCUCUUUGGGACUUGUCACGGAUACCAGCGUCUAUCACUGGAACAUCUUCGAUCCAUCGCAAACGCAACCGCAAAAGAUGUUUGACCGCAACCAGAACCUCGCUGGCUGCCAGAUCAUCAACUACCGCGUGAGCGAUGACGAGAAGUGGAUGGUCGUGGUCGGCAUCUCGCAGCAGCAAGGACGAGUUGUGGGUAGCAUGCAGCUGUAUUCCAAAGAGCGCGGUAUCAGUCAAGCCAUUGAGGGACAUGCGGCGGCAUUUGGCACUCUGCGUAUGGAGGAUGCUUCUUCGGACACCAAGCUCUUCACGUUUGCCAACCGCACGGCGACUGGCGCGAAGCUACACAUCGUCGAGGUCGACCACCAGGCACCGAAUCCCGUCUUCCAGAAGAAGGCAGUCGACAUCUACUUCCCCGCCGAAGCAAACAGUGACUUCCCAGUCGCGAUGCAGGUGUCGAAGAAGUACAAGGUCAUCUACCUCGUGACCAAGUUCGGCUUCAUUCAUCUCUACGACCUCGAGACCGGUACCACCAUCUUCAUGAACCGCAUUUCCAGCGACACCAUCUUCACCACUGCGGCGGAUGAGGAGUCUUCUGGCAUUAUCGGCGUGAACAGGAAGGGGCAGGUUUUGUCAGUCAGCGUCGACGACAACACCAUCAUCCCAUACCUGCUGCAGAACUCCGAGAACGCAGAGCUGGCCUACAAGCUGGCAUCAAGAGCUGGACUGCCGGGAGCCGACAACCUCUACCAGCAGCGCUUCGAUCAGCUGUUCAACCAGGGAGACUUCACGGCAGCCGCCAAAGUCGCCGCCAACUCCCCACAAGGCUUCCUGCGCACGCCUCAGACUAUAGAAAAGUUCAAGAAUGCGCCUGCGCAGCAAGGGUCCUUGUCGGUCAUCCUGCAGUACUUCGGCAUGCUUCUUGAUCAGGGCAAGCUGAACCAACACGAGACGUUGGAGCUUGCGAGGCCAGUACUUCAGCAGAACCGGAAGCAUUUGCUCGAGAAGUGGAUGGGUGAGGGCAAGCUUGGCUGCUCUGAGCAACUUGGUGAUCUAGUCCGAUUACACGACGUCGCACUCGCUGAGCGCAUAUACAAGGAGGCAGGAAGCAGUCAGAAGGUGAUUGCAGCCAUGGCCGAGUCGGGGAACUUCGAUCAGAUCCUGUCGUACUCGCAGUCGGUCGGCUACACCCCUGACUACAACUCGCUGCUCCAGCACAUCACUCGUGUCAACCCGGAGAAGGGAUCCGAGUUCGCCACUAGCAUCGCGAAGGAGAAUCCGGAGCUGCUCGACCUUGACCGGGCUGUCGAUGUCUUCCAAUCUCAAGGCAUGAUUCAGCAAGCAACUUCGUUCCUCCUCGAUGUCCUUGGACAAAACAAGCCAGAGCAGGGCGCUCUCCAGACCCGUCUUCUCGAGAUGAAUUUACAGAGUGCACCGCAAGUCGCGGACGCCAUUCUGGGCAACGAGAUGUUCUCAUACUACGACAGGCCGAGGAUUGCGGCGCUCUGCGAAAAUGCUGGCCUGCUGACCCGCGCUCUGGAGCAUUACGAGGACCCAGCUUCGAUCAAGAGGAUCAUUGUUCAGAGCGACCGCAUUCCCGAAGAGUUCUUGAUCAACUACUUCGGCAAGCUCACCGUCGAGCUGUCGCUGGAGUGCUUGGACGAGAUGCUCAAGGUCAACAUCCGCCAGAACUUGCAAGCGGUCAUCAACAUCGCGAAGAAGUACUCUGACCUCCUUGGACCUACUCGCAUCAUCGAUCUGCUUGAGAAGUACCGUACUGCGGAGGGCCUCUACUUCUACCUUGGUGGUAUCGUCAAUCUUAGUGAGGACAAGGAUGUCACCUUCAAGUACAUCGAGGCGGCUACGAAGAUGGGUCAGCUGCAGGAGGUUGAGCGCAUCUGUCGGGAGAGCAACUUCUACGACCCUGAGAAGGUCAAGAACUUCCUCAAAGAGCAACGACUGACCGAGCAGCUCCCUCUCAUCAUCGUCUGCGACCGCUUCGACUUCAUCCACGACCUCGUGCUCUACCUGUACAAGAACCAGCAGUUCAAGUCGAUCGAGGUGUACGUCCAGCGGGUCAACCCUGGCAAGGCUCCGGCUGUGAUCGGGACUCUCAUCGAUUUGGAUUGCGAGGAGUCUGUGAUCAAGUCGCUGCUCGCAUCCGUGCCGCCAGAGUCCAUCCCGAUCGACGAGCUUGUUGGCGAAGUCGAGAGCAGAAACCGUCUCAAGCUGCUUCUCCCGUUCUUGGAGUCCACGCUUGCGGCUGGAAAUCAGCAGCAGGCUGUCUACAAUGCGCUGGCGAAGAUCUACAUUGACAGCAACAAUAACCCGGAGCAGUUCUUGAAAGAGAACAACAUGUAUGAUACGUUGCAAGUUGGAAAGUACUGUGAGAAGCGGGAUCCAAACCUUGCCUUCAUCGCCUACCAGAAGGGCCAGAACGACCUCGAGCUCAUCAGCAUCACGAACGAGAACGCUAUGUUCAAGGCCCAAGCACGAUAUCUGCUUGGUCGCGCCGACCCAGAGAUCUGGCAAUACGUUCUCUCGGACAACAACAUGCAUCGUCGGUCUCUGGUGGACCAGACCAUCUCCACUGCCGUGCCGGAGAGCCAGGAUCCUGAGCAGGUGUCUAUCGCCGUCAAGGCGUUCAUUGAUUCUGACCUGCCAGUUGAGCUGAUUGAGCUUCUCGAGAAGAUCAUCCUCGAGCCAUCGACCUUCAGCGAUAACUCCAACCUGCAAAACCUGCUCAUGCUCACAGCCGCGAAGUCCGACCGAGGCCGUGUUGCAGGCUACAUCCAGAGCCUUGACAACUACAGCCCCGAUGACAUUGCCCAGCAGUGUAUUGAGGUUGGCAUGUACGAGGAGGCAUUCUUGAUCUACAAGAAGGCCAACAACCACACGGAAGCCGCCAACGUCCUUGUGGAACACGUUGUCAGCAUUGACCGAGCCCAGGAGUACGCUGACCAAGUCGAUCUGCCGGAAGUAUGGAGCAAGGUUGCGAAGGCUCAGCUCGACGGUCUCCGUGUCACGGAUGCGAUUGAGUCGUACAUUCGAGCCCAAGAUCCUUCGAACUUCCUUGAGGUCAUCGAGACCGGCACGCAUGCUGGCAAGGACGAAGAGCUCAUCAAGUACCUGCGCAUGGCCCGCAAGACUCUCCGCGAGCCUGCUGUCGACACCGGUCUCGCCUUCUGCUACGCCCGCACCGACCAACUGCCAGAGCUUGAGGAGUUCCUGCGCGGCACGAACGUCGCCAACAUCGAGGAGUCUGGUGACAAGGCCUACGCAGAAGGCUACCACGAGGCUGCCAAGAUCUUCUUCAGCUCCAUCUCCAACUGGGCCAAGCUCGCGACCACGCUCGUUCACCUCGAAGACUACCAGGCGGCCGUGGAGUGCGCGAGAAAGGCCAACAGCGUCAAGGUUUGGAAGCAGGUCAACGAGGCGUGCGUGGCGAAGAAGGAAUUCCGUCUUGCUCAGAUCUGCGGUCUCAACCUCAUCGUGCAUGCGGAUGAGCUGGCGGAUCUUGUCAAGCAGUACGAGCGCAAUGGGUACUUUGAUGAGCUCAUCUCCCUGCUUGAGGCUGGUCUGGGAUUGGAGAGGGCACACAUGGGAAUGUUUACAGAGUUGGGCAUCGCGCUCAGCAAGCAUCAUCCCGAGCGUGUGAUGGAGCACCUGCGGAUCUUCUGGAGCAGGAUCAACAUACCCAAGAUGAUUCGCGCAUGCGAGGAUGCACACCUUUGGCCCGAGCUUGUCUUCCUGUACCAGCACUACGAUGAGUACGACAACGCGGCUCUGGCGAUGAUGGAGCGCGCUGCCGAUGCUUGGGAACACCACACGUUCAAGGAGACCAUCGUGAAGUGUUCAAAUGUCGAAGUGUAUUAUAGGGCCCUCAACUUCUACCUUCAGGAGCAGCCUUCUCUCAUCACGGAUCUUCUUCAAGCUCUUACGCCACGCAUCGACGUCAAUAGAGUCGUUCGCAUGUUCGAGAAGUCGGACAACAUCCCACUCAUCAAGCCUUUCCUGCUCAACGUGCAGUCGCAGAACAAGCGCGCCGUCAACGAUGCCAUCAACGAGCUUCUCAUCGAAGAGGAAGACCACAAGCAACUCCGCGACAGUGUUGAGAACUUCGACAACUACGAGGCUGUUGCGCUUGCCCAGCGGUUAGAGAAGCACGACCUCGUCUUCUUCAGGCAGAUCGCUGCGAAUAUCUACCGCAAGAACAAGCGGUGGGACAAGUCGAUCGCUCUGUCGAAGCAAGACAAGCUGUACAAGGACGCCAUCGAGACUUCGGCCAUGUCGGGCAAGACGGAGGUCGUCGAGGAGCUCAUCCGAUACUUCGUCGACAUUGGCAGCAAAGAGUGCUACGUCGGCAUGCUCUACGCCUGCUACGACCUCCUCCCGAUGCACACCGUCAUGGAAAUGUCGUGGCGCCACGGCCUCAACGACUUCACCAUGCCAUUUAUGAUCAACUACAUGGCACAGCAGUCGGCCACGAUCUCGGAGUUGAAGCGUGACAACGAUGAGCGCAAGGCUCGGGAGGCAGAAAACAAGCGACCUGAGGACGACGGGCCAAUCUUGGGGGGCAGUCGUUUGAUGCUCACGCAGGGAGGCAUGCAGGCGCCUUCUCCAACACCGUAUGGACAACCGAACGGCAUCAUGCCCCAGCCAACGGGCUACCGAGGUGGGUUUUGA